AUAGAUAUAUAUAAAUAUGCGUUGUGAACCGCACCUUUUCUCUAUCAUACUCUUGUGUUACAUAUAUAUGUAUGUGUAUAACAGCUAAAACACAAUUCCAAGUGAUGUGCCGCUAUGGCGACGUUACCACCUCGUAAAAAUCCAACACCAACGAAAAUAUCCAAGGAACACCUGACACCAUUGCAAACUUUAUUGCAGCUUGGUUUUCCUAAACAUCGAGCGGAGAAGGCAUUAGCUGCUACAGGCCAUCGAGGGGCUCAACUGGCAUCAGAUUGGCUUUUAGCACAUGUUCGAGAUCCCAGUCUUGAUUCUGAAGAGCCUAGAGAAUACAUUCUUUAUGCUUGUCCAACUGGAAUUUUUGCAGAAAAGCUGGCAAAGUUUUGGGAAGAAAGCAGAGAGUUAGAAUGGAAUAAGGCACAUAAUUACAUGCCCCAUAUUACAUUAUUAAGUUUUUUCAAGGUACCUGAUGAAUCUGCUGAACAAGUAGCAAAUGCUCUAGAAACUUUAAUUGACCAAAAUAAAUGCAUAGACCGUGUCAAUUUAGAAACAUAUAUAUCGCCUAAUUUCAUGGGCCUAUUUGUUGCUGAUAAACAUGCCGAAAUCUUAGAAUCCAUUGCCAACCGAUACGUUAAUAAAUUGGCGAGCCUAGGAAUCACUGCCGAAGUUCAUACACAAUCCCUUCAUAUUUCUUUGGCCUAUCAAUUUUCAAGUGAAUUUUUUCAAUCACUUCGAUCUAUGGUAGAAAAGCUUAAUCCCAUUUCGUCAACUAGCUGGGAGUUAAGACUUUACUCUCGUGAUGCUCGUUUUCGAGAUACUCAUGUCCACAAAGUUACUCAUGCACAUAUUCCUCGCGAGUAUGAUGAAUUGGAGUUAAGACCAGGAGAUUAUAUUUAUUUACCUGCAAAUGCUUGUGAUGGUUCUAUUGAUGGUUGGGUUGAAGGUGUUUCAUGGUUAACUGGCACUUCAGGAUACUUACCUCUUAAUCACACUCAACGUACAGCUGAGACUGAUUCAUGGACCUUGCACGCUACAGUACAAAUACCUGAGACAAAUACCGAUGCAUCAGAAUCUGAAAUUCCAAGAUGUAGAAAACCUCCAGUUCUCUCUUCAAGCGAAUCUGUGGAUACUCCUGAUGGAAUUGUCACUGAUGAUGAACCAAUUGAAGGAUCAUUACCUCCUUUAACAUCAUCAAGAGAAAUCUAUAUUUGCCGACAUGGAGAACGGGUAGAUUUUACUUUUGGAGCAUGGAUUCCAUAUUGUUUUGAACCAAAUGGUAGUUAUAUACGGAGAGAUCUGAAUAUGCCUAGAGAAUUACCAACAAGAAAUAUUCAAGAUUUUCAAAAUGAUAGUCCUCUAACAACACUAGGUGGGAUCCAAGCUAACUUAGUUGGGGAAGCAAUGAAAUCAUCUAAUGUCAAAAUAGACGUUGCCUUUGCAUCUCCAUCUUUAAGAUGUAUUCAAACGUUGUCGCAAAUUUUAAAAGGACUUGAAUCAACUAUUGAGAUUAAAGUUGAGCCAGGUUUAAUUGAAUGGUUAGCAUGGUAUCCAAAUGGUCUACCAACUUGGAUGAGUUAUGAGGAAUUAAUGAAAGCAGGAUUUAAUAUUGAUAAAAAUUACAUACCAAUAGUAAAAACGAAAGAAUUGCCAGCACGAGAAAAUGCUGCACAAUAUUAUGAACGAAGUCAUAAAUUAAUGGAACAAAUUAUUGAUAGUACUGUAGGUAAUAUUCUAAUAGUAGCUCAUGCUGCAUCAUUAGCAGCUUGCACAAGACAAUUAACUGGUGGUCGGGUACCUUCUGCAGCAGAAGUUACACGGUUAGUUCAAAGAGUACCAUAUUUAGCUUGUUUAACUGCUCGUAAAGAAAUAGAUGGAUGGCAGCUUCAUCCUCCGCCAUUUCCACCUAUUACUCACACUAGCAACAAUAGAUUUGAUUGGAAAAUAUUAAUGUAAUUGUUUAAAUCUAUACUCAUUCUGUUUAACGUAUUACAAGAGCAAUCGUAAAGACUGUUAUGAUACAAUGAAUUUUUAUAAAUUUAAGGCCUCGUAUGAAUCAAAUUUUACAUUUACUGUUAUAUUGUAUAAUAUUUAUCAAUUAUUUAGUAUUUAUGGGGUAAAAAUUAUUUCUUUGACAUAAUCAAAUUUUAUAGAAGAAAAUAAUCAUUAUAAAAUCUUUUAGUAGAAAAUUCAAUUCGAAUUUUGCAUUUUACAUUAGCUUUAAUGUUCAUUUAUUAACUUUAGAAGUUUUAUUACUUUUUUUUAGAGAGAUCAUAUUUUAACUUGAAAAA